GCCAACGGGCCUAUGAACGGACUCAGCCACAGCCAGAACAGCACCAUCCCCAUGAAGGACCACGACGCCAUCAAACUUUUCAUCGGCCAGAUCCCCCGCAACCUGGAGGAGAAGGACCUCAAGCCCCUCUUCGAGGAAUUUGGCAAGAUCUACGAGCUGACGGUGCUGAAGGAUCGCUUCACUGGCAUGCACAAGGGUUGUGCCUUCCUAACGUACUGUGCCAGGGAAUCUGCUCUGAAGGCCCAGAGUGCAUUGCAUGAACAGAAGACAUUACCUGGGAUGAACAGACCGAUCCAGGUGAAGCCGGCGGACAGUGAGAGCAGAGGAGAAGACAGAAAAUUGUUUGUGGGCAUGCUGAACAAGCAACAGUCAGAGGAGGACGUACGCAGACUAUUUGAAGCUUUCGGUAACAUUGAGGAAUGCACAAUCCUUCGAGGGCCUGAUGGAAAUAGCAAAGGAUGUGCAUUUGUGAAAUUUUCCGCACAUGCAGAAGCCCAGGCAGCCAUCAACGCCUUACACGGUAGCCAGACGAUGCCAGGCGCAUCUUCGAGCCUAGUGGUAAAAUUUGCAGACACCGACAAGGAACGCACAAUGCGUCGCAUGCAACAAAUGGCAGGGCAAAUGGGAAUGUUCAACCCAAUGGCAAUCCAAUUUGGUGCAUAUGGUGCCUAUGCUCAAGCAUUGAUGCAGCAGCAAGCGACAAUAAUGGCAUCAGUUGCCCAGGGAGGUUACCUGAACCCUAUGGCAGCAUUCGCAGCAGCACAAAUGCAACAGAUGGCAGCCUUGAAUAUGAAUGGACUGGCAGCUACACCUAUGACACCAACAUCAGGUGGGAGCACACCUCCUGGUAUCACCGCACCAGCUGUGCCUAGUAUUCCUUCUCCAAUUGGAGUAAAUGGAUUCACCGGCCUCCCACCACAGGCUAAUGGACAGCCAACAGCAGAAGCCGUCUUUGCUAAUGGAAUCCACCCCUACCCAGCACAAAGUCCAACUACAGCUGAUCCCUUGCAGCAAGCAUACGCUGGAGUGCAGCAAUACGCAGCUGCCUAUCCUGCUGCCUAUGGCCAGAUUAGUCAAGCCUUUCCACAGCCACCUCCAAUGAUACCCCAGCAACAGAGAGAAGGUCCUGAGGGUUGCAACCUUUUUAUCUAUCACCUUCCUCAGGAGUUUGGAGAUGCUGAGCUCAUGCAAAUGUUCCUGCCUUUCGGUAAUGUCAUCUCCUCAAAAGUGUUUGUGGACCGAGCGACAAACCAAAGUAAAUGCUUUGGUUUUGUGAGUUUUGACAAUCCUGCCAGUGCCCAGGCUGCCAUCCAGGCAAUGAAUGGUUUUCAGAUUGGCAUGAAGAGACUGAAAGUACAGCUCAAGAGGCCGAAAGAUGCCAACCGCCCAUACUGA